AUGACAUUCGAAGAUUCGUCGACUGCGACCACAGCUGAAGGUGGCAAGUCUAGCUCUUCGCUGCCACACGUCGACAACAGUCGCAGACGCUCACCCCGCUCGGAGAGCGAGAAGCUAGACAUGGUAUGCAAUUUCAUGCGGAAAGAGCUCCGUUGGGGUGUGACCGACUUUGUCAAGGCGCUAGCUUCUGCUGAAGGUCCUAACAGUACUCGUCGAAGGACUGCCUUCGUAACAGCGGUCUACAAGGACCCCGAAGUCCUAAAAUCCUACUUUGGCGACGCGGAUCAACUCGGGGGUGAUGGCAGAUUGUCUGUCAUUGAGACAUUGGAUCUGGGCAACAAUGAGUUGCGGAAAGAGGUGGAAAGACUAGGUACAAUGGCGCCAUUUAACAAAUUCGAUCCCACUCCCAAGGACGAAGAAUUCGACGCACUCAACAUGGACCAAACGCUAAAUACAAUGCAAAGCGAAGCGCCUCUGUUGCUACAGCUUAUAAGAGAUAUCAUGGCGCCCGAAUCUCGACGGAAAUAUCAGCGCCAAAAAGAACCAGUUGCUCGAAUUGUCGCCAUCAUAUCAAUCCUCUGUUUCUCUCAGCGGCAACACACCUGCACGGGGUUUCAGAAGGCGUUGGGUCUCUACCUGCAUUCUAAAGGCGUGAAGCGUCAGCAACUAGAGCUCCUUGCUCGACUUGGACUCGUCGUCAGCUACGAUACUGUCGUCCGAGCCAUCAAAGAACAGUCAACUCAAGCAGUGAUACAAGUGGAAAGAAUGGGACAGAGUGACGAUGUCGUAACGGCGUAUGAUAAUUUCGAGACAAUGGAAGGCGUCAAGGAACAGAGGGUUGAUCACCAAGGCACCUUCCAUUCGGUGACAACGGGCCAGGUCAUUCACGGCAUUGAAAUGCCGCCCGGUGGGCUGCGACAAGACAUGCUUGAUCCCCGGGCGGAAAUGUGCGCCAGCGAUGUCUUCCUAGCCCCUGGUAAUCGAGAUGACAAUAUUCAUCGUCAGGUACGUCAUGGUCCACCAUACCAUGUCCAUGGCCUAUACUGAUU